AUGGCCCAAACCACGGAAGAAAUGCAAAACAAAGGCGAGACCUCCGUAGCUGGGCCAUCUAUGGAUGCUAUCUCUAUGAUAACACUACUGGCUGACAUCCUGCGCUUGCCUGAAGAAUGUCUAGCCAUGUCGUUUGUGUUCUUGAACAGGUAUCAAAAAUUCCAACGUCAACAGAAGAGCUCACUUGGGCUCGAUAACCAUAUGCUGGCGCUGGCUUGCCUGUCUGUAGCAUCCAAGGCGAAGGACGCGCCGCGCAGAGUGAGGGAAUUCCUCCGGCCAGCAUGGCGAUUGAUGCACCAAGCGCCAGAUUCAGCCGCCCUGGAAUGCCCAUCGCCCGCUUACGACUCACUCCGGUCUACUCUUGUCCGAAAUGAGCUGAUCCUUUUGCGAAUCCUCAAGUUUGAGUUGCGCGUGUCGACGCCAUUUGACUUUCUGCCCGGCUAUCUCACCGAGGCAAUGCGGGACUUUGGUGUCAACGACGGCGGUGCCGACGCGCUAGUCUAUUUUGAUGACCGGAGCAAAGAGGACAAGGAGGCAGAUCGAAUUGCCGAUCUUAUGGAGACUGGCAUAGCGAAAGACUGCAGAGCAAAAGCUCUCGGCGCAUGUAAAGACUACCAGCUCGCCAACUUCUUCCCCGCCAAGGCAGUCACCGCUGCGUGCAUCUACAUUGUCCUCAGGGAUCGGGGGCUGCUUCCUGGAAUCGACAUGAAGCGCUGGCUGAGAGAUAAAGUCAGCCGGAGCAUAGAGCUGGAGGAUUUUGAAGACGCUGUCUCCAGCAUGGAUAAACGGUGA